CUCUCUGUCGCGCUCGCACUAGUAGCACGUAAAAAUAACCUCAAAAUAUCUCGUAAUCGUCUUUCGUUGUUAUUUUUACUCGUAAUAAUCAGUAACAUAAGUGCAAAGACAAAAUUCAAAACUGUUAUACAAAACGUUAGUGUUGUUUUUUCUCAUUGGAUUAUGUAGUGCCUAAAUAGUGUAUAAAUAUUAUAGUGUGUGAGAAUAAGUCUAUAAUAAUGAAGUUCUUUUCAAUAGGCUGUCGACGGGCAGUUCCCAAAUUUCGUGCUAGUAUGUGGUGUUAUCUGUUUAUUUGUGUUUCAUUCAGUAUUUUAUAUGAAACUGCUGGUUCUAACACAACCGGAGUUGUGGCUGAGAAUGUAUGCUCCAUAAGGCAGUUUCAGUGUGCGAACGGGAAGUGUAUACCCAUCUCGUGGGUGUGUGAGGGAGACAACGACUGUGAUGAUAAUUCCGACGAGAAUAUUGAAGAAUGCAAAAAAGCAAGCCGGACCUGCACGGCCGCGGAGUUCCGAUGCAAAACAGGCAGUUGCAUACCCAUGUCAUGGCGGUGUGACAACGAGAAGGAUUGUUCUGAUGGAUCUGAUGAAGAACCAGGAACAUGCAAAGUCGAGGUAUGCGGGCCUGAGGAGUUCACAUGCAGAGGCACUCAAGGAGAAUGUGUUCCUCUAACGUGGAUGUGCGACGACAAUCUCGACUGUACAGAUGGUUCAGACGAAAAAGCAUGCAAUGAGACUUGUCGAUCUGAUGAGUUUACGUGCGGCAAUGGGAAGUGUAUCCAACAGCGAUGGGUUUGCGACGGUGAUGAUGAUUGUGGUGAUGGCAGUGAUGAAGUCAAGUGUCCCGCGCCAACGUGUAAGCCAGUCAGCCAUUUCUCCUGCGCUGAUGGUCACUGCGUCUCAUCCAGGUGGAGGUGCGAUGGUGACGUCGACUGUCCUGACGGAAGUGAUGAAAUGGGUUGCGCUACUACACCUAAAGUGACAUCUCCGUGCAUUGCAACAGAAUUCGAAUGUCGCGAUCGAAUGACUUGUGUCCACAAGGCUUGGGUGUGCGAUGGAGACCGUGACUGUCCAGACGGCGGUGAUGAAGCCCCUGAGAUCUGCAGAGGCAACAUCACCUGCAGGGCUGACCAGUUCCAGUGCAAGGAUCACAGCUGCAUACCCGGAGCUUUGUAUUGCAACAGUGAAAAAGACUGUCCAGAUGGCAGCGACGAAAUUAACUGCACAAAGCCCAAACCAAUCUGCAAUAAGAAAACCGAGUUUGAUUGUGGGGGCGGUAUGUGUAUUCCUCUCUCGAAGCUUUGUGAUGGCAAACCCGACUGUCCCAACUUCGAAGAUGAGCCCCGUGACAAGUGUGGAGAGGACGAGUGUGCUAAGGACAAUGGCGGCUGCACCCAGCGAUGUGUUAACACUCCCGUGGGAUACUACUGCGACUGUGAUAAGGGAUAUAAACUUGUCGAUAACAGGACUUGUGAGGAUGUAGACGAAUGUGUUGAUCCUGGUGCCUGUUCCCAAAUGUGUAUCAACGAGAAGGGUACAUUCAAGUGUGAAUGCCACGCCGGCUAUGCGAGAGACCCUCGAGACCGCACCAAAUGUAAAGCCACCGAAGGUCACCCGUCGCUCCUGUUUGCAAGACGCUUUGACAUCAGGAAGAUUAGUCUGGACCACCACGAAAUGGUCGCCAUUGUCAAUGAUACCAAGUCGGCGACGGCGCUAGACUACGUGUUCAGGACAGGAAUGAUCUUCUGGAGUGAUGUCACUGAUGAAAAGAUAUACAAAGCUCCUAUCGACGAAGGCAGUCAACGCACCGUGGUUAUAGGAGACCAGCUGAUCACAUCGGAUGGCCUGGCGGUUGACUGGAUCUACAACCACUUGUAUUGGACGGAUACGGGCAAGAAUCACAUAGAGCUGUCAGAUCUGCAGGGCAACAUGAGAAAGAUACUCAUAAGGGACAGGCUUGAGGAACCAAGAUCUAUUGCCUUAAACCCCCUGGAUGGAUGGAUGUACUGGACGGACUGGGGGCAGGUCCCCAAGAUCGAGAGAGCUGGUAUGGACGGAUCCCACCGGCAGACCAUCGUAUCGUAUGACGUCAAGUGGCCCAACGGACUUACAUUAGAUCUAGUUCGGAAGAGGGUAUACUGGGUGGACGCGAAACUGAACACUAUAUCAUCUUGCAACUACGACGGUUCAGCUCGCCGUGUCAUCCUCUACUCCACCGAUGUGCUCCGACACCCGUUCUCCAUCACCACUUUCGAAGACUGGGUGUACUGGACUGAUUGGGACAAGACGGCCGUGUACCGCGCUAACAAGUUCACAGGGAAGGAUGUCCAGGCAAUCACGGCUACUCACACGCUACAAAACCCGAUGGUGAUCCACGUAUAUCACCCGUACCGCCAGCCUGAUGGCGUAAACCACUGCGCUGCCGUUAACGGCCACUGCUCCCAUCUCUGUCUCCCGGCUCCAAGGAUGGGCCCUCACUCUGCCAGGGUCUCCUGUGCUUGUCCUACAGGCUUGCGACUGCUGCCCGAUAAUCAGAUGUGUGUGGAAGACAAUUACAAAAACCCAGGUGUGGUGGUGCAAAACUCGUCUAUUGGUUUAGAGAAAGCAAAAAUAGUUGAGGGAAAGCCUGUAGCCAGCGUACAAGAAACACCAAAGACUGGAACAGGAAUCUCAACCAGUGGACGAGAUGCUGGAGUUGUCGCUGGGAUUGUUGUGGCUAUCAUCUCACUCAUCAUCAUUCUCGGGGGCUUGAUUGCUGUGGUGGUGUACCGCCACUAUGUGCACCGUAACGUGACCUCGAUGAACUUCGACAACCCAGUGUACCGCAAGACGACAGAGAACCAGUUCGCUAUAGAGCAGAAUGGAUACGCGCCUGGCGGGAAGCUGUACCCGAGCACGGUGGCCGAGGAGGCUCAAGAACCACUCAACACACCUGGUACUAAUGAGUUCGUGUAGUGUGAUGGCGGGCAGCAAAUACAUUAGUAUGUCGUUAAAUGUGAAAAGAAAAAGACGGACAUGUGAUGCUCUGAACUUAGUGUGCACCAGUGAAUGUUAUAGUGCAGUGAAAUUAUAGCACGGACGAACAUAGUUCUAUCUGCUGUAUGGACGCUGGUAUCAAGUCUCAUAUGAACUACCAAAUUAUAGAAAUGUUUGUAUCACAAUGAAGGGAUUUUUAGGUCCAGUUGGCUAUCGUUAGACUGUGAAUAGCGUAGUGUAGUGUAACCAAUUUUAUUACUUACAAAGUAUCGUAGGUUUGUAUCCUUAUUUUAUCAUGAGAUUUUAUUUUUUAUUUAAUUAUAUAGUUGUGCUAGCUUAGUCAACCUAUUUAAGAAUCAAUAUAUUCAUGUUUAUUUCAUCAUGACAUUCAUAUUUUAGUUGACAUAAAAAUGUAAUAGAGUUGGUUAUAGUUUUUCCUUAUGUGUAUACUGUUCAUGUAGUUGAACAGAUAUUGCAUAUUUUUUAUUAAUUUAAAUUUCUGUGUUACUAUCUAACGCCAAAUUCAAUUGUAUGAGUCAGACAUACUUUUUAUAAUUCCACGUUCAAUGAAUUUCAAACAUUAGGAGAUUUUUUAGCAAUUUUUGCAAAUUUAUUUCAAUUUGUUUCGUGUUUUGUGAAUUGUAUGUUACAAUACGUAUUUAUAAUUAGUGUAUUUGAUGUAUUGUUCUCAGAAAAAUGAUAUUUUAAAUUAUUUUUCUCAUGGCUUUUUGUUUAACACUUAAGCAUUAGUUCAAUUGACAUUGAAUAUAUUUUAAACAAUUUAUCAUAUUUGUAUUCCAAUUUUGUAAUGAAAUUUUUUACAAUUUAAAUUUAAAAUAAUCAAGUUUUCUAGAAAUUUCCUGCCAAUUCUUUGUCUUAGUUAAAUAUAUAUAAAUAUAUAUAUAUAUA